GAUAUUUUAGUUAAAAUUUGUCAAUGUGUGAGUGAACGGUGACAGCGUCGUACACUAAGCGUAUGUUCAGUGUGUGCGUUGAAAGGCUACGUUGCGAGCUGGCCGAAAAUGCGACGAUGCCGCUCUUCACUCCGCACGGCUCAAGCGCGCAACGAGGCGUUUGUGUCAAUUUGAUAAAUUUCAUUUCACCAAACGUCGCUGUCAUUUUGAUUGACCGGCACGCGGCACCGGCAGUUUGACAAAGAGCAUAUAAUCACUACGUUCUUGGCAGUUUGGCGGCAGUCUUGUUGUUUCUUGUUUGAUUCUGAUUUGAUUUGAUGAAUAGUGAAUUUUAUCGAGAUAAUGCCACAAACAUCCCGAAAAGAUUAUAAAAAUCAUCAAUACUCGGGCCCGAGAAAGAGUCGGAAACGCAGCCAUGGGCAAAUGAAACGAUAUCACGGAGAAAUCAAAAGCCAUACUGAAGUCUGGUGCAAGAAGAAAAAACCGAAUGAUGAUAAUGUGCCUUCCAGUUCUAUAGUGGACACAACAGUUAGAUCAUACAGUUCCCGCUGUAACUACCAUACAGAAGCAAAUAAUACCAAAAAUGAACAGCAUAGCACUGAAAAGGAACCCAUAAUGCAAUCUAUGGACAUACAUUGGCCACUAAUAGACCCGAGAGUAGAAAGCCACAAGUUGAAAGUUGAGUAUGCGCCGGAUGAGUUGAAUGGUCUAUCUGGAAACCGAAUCGUAGACAUUGCACAUGUUCUACAGUGGGCAUUCAUACUAGAGAGACACCGUUCACAAUGUGGAGGUAGUUGCAUUACUUAUGUUGCUGAAUUAAAAGAUGGCUUCAACAGCAUAUUUCUUUUCCAAUGUAGUAUGUGUAAAAAAGAAUUUAGAUACUGCAAUGAGAAUGGUGAGAAGUUGAAUAAAUCUUUUGUUUGGGGAACACUGACAGCCGGCAGUUACUAUACACAGGCCGCACACAUCACAAACUUGAUGGAUAUUCCUACAUUAUCUGCAAACAAGUUUCGCAAGACCGAGAAAACUUUAGGUGAUGUCUGGAAAGAUCAUCUAAGUGACGAAAUAAAAAAAAACGGAGAACAAGAAAGGGCUAUUGCCAUACAAAAGAAUAAUGUUGAUGAAAAUGGUAUUCCAUAUGUGUCAGUGUAUGUAGAUGGUGGCUGGCCUAAGCGAUCCUAUGGUCAUGACUACAGUUCUCCAUCAGGCAUGGCCUGCAUUAUUGGCAAGGAAACAAAAAAAUGUCUUUUCCUAGGCAUAAAAAAUAAAUAUUGCUACCAUUGCCACAUUUAUGAGAAGGAGAAUAAGCCAGUGCCAGAGCACACCUGCUUCAAAAACUAUGAAGGACCAUCAACGGGAAUGGAGUCUGCCAUUGUUGUAGAGGGAUUUCAGAGGAGCCAAGAGAUGCAUGGUGUCCUAUAUUUAAAUUUUGUUGGGGAUGGUGAUUCUUCAGUAUAUGCACAACUGCGAGAAAAGGUCUCUUAUGGAGCGCAGAUUAAGAAAACUGAAUGCAAGAACCAUGUGGUAAAAAAUUACACAGGUGCUUUGUACAAGAUUCUGGCUAAUACAAAGUUGCCAUUAUUUGGCAGGAAAAUGCUCAAGCCGAAGCUAGGAAAACUUACGACAGUAUCAAGAAAAAUAAUUAUGGAGGCUGACCGUAAAUCAAUGAGAGAGGACUUAAAAAAUGGGCCAUCUCACGUUUUUGGCAGCCACCAAGAGUGCAAACCAUAUUACUGUCGAUUCUGCGAGAACUGUGAUGAAAAGGAUACGGACUCUCUACAAGACCUCAAAACUAAGGCACCUACAGUUUGGGCCUCCAUUUGUGCAGCAAAUGAGUUAGUCAUGUCAAAAUGUCAUAGACUUUCGAAUGCUACAACAAAUGUUGCAGAAAAUUUUAUGAGUGUUGUAAGCAAAUUUGUCUGCGGGAAAAGGCUGAAUUUAUACAAGGGUGGCUCUUAUCAACGUAGAGUAUAUAUUGCUGGACUCUCACACUCAACUGGGCAAAAAUGGCACAAUAUUGCUUGGAAGAACCAUUUAAAAUGUAGCCCUGGGCAAACUUUCAAAAAAUAUAUUGACCGUCAAGAGAAGUCCCACGAAAGGCGGAAGAAAUACACCCGCAGGCGGCUUUUUGCCCCCAAGCCCAAACCUGACCUCCAUUAUGGCCCAGAGGCACAAGAAAUAGACGAGCCAAUAGUAGAGAAAGAUCUAAAGGAAGCGUGCCUCUCAAAACUGAAGGAUUUCCAAAAAACUGCAGAAGAAAUCAAAUACAUUGAAAAUUCAACAAUAGGGCAACAUGAAAACGAUGACUACACUGCGCAUAGAUGCGACAGGCUCACUGCCAGUCAGUUCGGAAUGGUUUGUAAACGAAGACCAACAACACCAUGCCAUAACCAUGUCAAGAGCAUACUAUACAAAAACAAUAUUUUGACCAACGACAUGGCCUAUGGUUAACACAACGAAUCAGUGGCCAGAACAUUAUUUAUGGAAAAAAACAAUAAAGUAGUACGACCAGCAGGGCUCUUUAUCGAUGUAGAAUUUGGCUUUUUAGGAGCUAGCCCAGAUGGUGUUAUAGAGGAAGAAAAGGCCAUUGUGGAAAUAAAAUGUUUUCCGUCAUUGGCUCGUAAUAGCCAGGAUAUUUUUUCCGCAGCCAAAGAACGUAAAAAUUUUCCUAUAUGGGUGGAUGACACUGGAAAUUUACUAAUAAAUAAAAAACACAAUUACUACUUUCAGAUCCAGGGCCAACUGCGGGUGACACAAAUGAUGAAAUGUUACUUCAUUUGUUACAUUUCCCCAAGUUAUGGCAUUACUGUUUUGGAAGUAGAGCGUGACGAAACUUUUAUAGAAAAUAUGUUGCCAAAACUGGUAAAAUUCUAUAAAAAUUGUAUAUUGCCCGAGAUUGUACUGCGAAGAACAAGGAAAAAUCUAAAAUGUAUAGAUGUUUCUUUGUGGUAAUAAAUGUAAAUAAAAAAAACUGACUUAUUUUUUACCUUAUAUUGAAAAAUAAACUAUCUUUAUCUGAACUGUUCUUUGUCUGUGUCCCAUUGUAAUUCGCGCGUGAUUAGAAUGGGAUGGAACCUAGUCAUGGUGACUUGAAAUAUCGGAAAAAUUCAAAAUUAUGAAACCUUGUCUAAAUGAGGUCAUCAGCUAGGUUUGGUCUCAUUCAGAUUGUGCACGGAUUAUAUUUUCUAUGCUAAACUAGCAAAAUAAAUUUUAGGACAGAUAUAUGGUGCCAUACCAUAUUAUUCUGUUUUUAGUAUUCAAUUUGUUGUUAUAACUUAUAACGGCAACAGAAAUACAUCAUCUGUCUAAAUUUCAACUGUAGCUAUCACGGUUCAUGAGACACAGCCUGGUGACAGACGGACAGUCAAGUCUUAGUAAUAGGGUCCCGUUUUUACCCUAUGGGUAUGGAACCCUAAAAAGAAGGAUUAUGAAAGUCAAGUCAAAAUA